AUGCAGCCCUCAACUUCAGCUCCGGCUAGCCAGCCAUCCUUCGAUGAACAAGCGGUGAAGAAGGUCAUUGUUGUCGGUGCCGGACCAGUGGGGCUUAUGACCGCAAUGAAGCUUGCGAUGGCAGGGAUUCCGGUGGACGUGGUUGAGAAGGAAGAGAAACUUAGCCAGCAGCCACGAGCUGUUGGCUAUCAUGGCGCAGCUUUAGCUGCGCUUAAGAAAACCCCAGUCUACGAGGAGGCGGCAAAGCUUGGGUUCUCAGGGAAUGGAAUCUGCUGGAGAAAGCCAUUGGUCGACGACGGAGAAGGAGGCAUGAAGAUGGGAGAUAUUAUCGCCUCCCUUGCAUUUGCAAGCAAUGAGGAAACCCGGGAUGACCAUGGAAACAGUGUUCUCUACCUCCCUCAGUCGCAGCUCGCUGAAUUGAUCUAUCAGGCUGCUGUCCAGACGGGUCUUGUGACCGUCCAUUUCAGCCGAGAGGUCUCUGAGGUUCACGACCAUGGAAACUCAGUCACGGUAAUUAGUCGGAGUCCCAAUGGAGAGACCGUCCCAUUCAAGGGCAUCUUUGUUGUUGGUGCUGAUGGAGGAAGGUCCGCCAUUCGGAAGAUUCUGAAAAUACCCUUCAAAGGUCACUCUUGGCCUGAACGGCUAAUUGCUUUGGAUCUCCUCUUGGAAGAUAAGCAUCUGGACACCGAAUUUCCGACCUCGAUGGUGAUCCAUCCGGUCCACUUUGGGCUCAUCACGCCUCUAGAACCGGUCCAGCCAGGCAAAAAAACAUUAUACAGGUGCACAAUCGCGGUCAGUCCGGAUGAUGGGCGGACAGACGAAGAACUCGUAUCCCAUUCAAACCUUACGGCGCUUUUGGACAUCUUUGCUCCCGGACCGAGACCUCUGGACGUGAAAAUUCUUAACUCCUCCACCUAUCGGACUCAUCAACUUUGUGCGACUACCAUGCGAAAGGGCCGAUGUAUUCUUGCUGGGGAUGCAGCCCAUCUAAACAAUCCAUUCGGUGCUUUGGGCCUGACAACUGGGUUGCUGGAUGCGGAUGCACUGGCAGACACGCUUGAUCUGAUCAUCAACGAGAACAACCCCAUGGAUCUCUUGGAUAUAUAUUCGGAUGAGCGGAGAAGGGUUUUCCAAACCUUUGUGGACCCCAUAAGUUCGCAGAAUAAACUGAGAUGUGCAAGUGACUCGGAUGAUGCCAUGAAUGACUGGUUCAUUCGUGCAGUCAUCAAUAAAACCCCCGAGAUCAUGAAUGCCUUCAGCCGUCCCUUUUUUGAUAUUUGGCCUACUGAUAUGAGGAGAGUGGUGUCAUCCCGGGGGGCUUAG